CGAGGGUUUGAUUUCUGAGCCCUAUAAAAGCCCAUCCUCCGAUGGCUGUGACAAUGUGGUCGUAAACCCGUCCGGGGCCGGCCAAUUUGCAUAUUUGGAAUGCGCCGCUAUAAACCCGGCUGGGGUUUUGCAGCAAUUUCUUAGAUGUAAAAGUGAGAUCUCUUUAGCAGCGGGCUGGGCACAUUCUCUCUCGCUGUCUCUGCCUGGAGCCUGCUUCCCUCUCCCGGCUCGGGUCGGAGUUCGGGCCCCGCGUAGGCGCCCAGCCGCCACGAGAUGGCGCACUUCCGAUCAAUGUCAAAGCCGCCGGGGAGCCGGGAACCCCAGCGCGAUUCUUGGCCUUUGUUCGCUCCUGAUACUAAGAGCUGCACGUUACAUUAUUUCACUUGUCCCGCUCCCUUCCAUCUCAAAAAAGGGGUGCUCUCCUGCAAGAUGUGGUUGGUGCUGUCAUUUAAAGCAACGCGCCUUCUCUAGGCCUCGCGGGCGUUCUUGGCGCGGAGAAGCCAGCUGUCCCUUGGCAGGGAUUUCUUCGGAAAUGUGUCCAGGCAACACCAAAGGCGAAAACGCCGCCAACUGGCUCACGGCAAAGAGCGGCCGGAAGAAGCGCUGCCCCUACACCAAGCACCAGACGCUGGAGCUGGAGAAGGAGUUUCUGUUCAACAUGUACCUUACUCGAGAGCGGCGCCUCGAGAUCAGCCGCAGCGUCCACCUCACGGACAGACAAGUUAAAAUCUGGUUUCAGAACCGCAGGAUGAAACUGAAGAAAAUGAACCGAGAAAACCGGAUCCGGGAGCUGACAGCCAACUUUAAUUUUUCCUGAUGAAGCUCCAGGCAAUGCCGUUUCGUUUUGUUUGUCCUCCCCCCUGCUUCCAGAGAGCCAUUCUCCUCCCUCUGUCUUCGCCUCUUCCCAGGAACUCGCACCUGUGCGGGCCCCCGUUCCUCCCUCCCACACUCGCCAUUUCGCUGGCCAUUACAUCAGUGCAGGGCUGGUCUGUUCUGACGUUUUGUUUCUUUGUCUGUUUGCUAGGUGCUGGUUUUUUGUUGUUGUGUUCUGGGGGAAAAGCCAUAUCGCUCUAAAAUCCUAUGUAGAUAAAGAUUGUCCUAAGUGUCAAGUGCGAACUGGGAUGGUUUGUCGUCUGGGUGACUCCACUGCUCAAAAUGGCCCCUGUGCUCCGGUGGAGCUGGUUUCCUGCGGGGGGCCGGGCAAACACAGCCGGAAGGCCAGGUCCCCUUGUAGGCGCUGAGGUGUCUGGCCUGAGGUCAGUGGUGCAAGGAGCCCCCAGCAGGCCCCCAGGCCUGAAGUGUGGGGCUGUGUUUAAUCAGGGGAUACAGGCCCUGGGUUUCUUUUCUCUGUCUUCCUUUCUUCCUUGGCAAAGAGAAGGGCCGAUGGGCAUGGGCAUACAGGUUACAAAAGGGCUUGACUUUGGCUGAUUGGAACAUGGAGGGAGUCAGGAAGAUGAAAUUUUCCUUCCUCUGUAAGAUAUCCCAGCUUUAAAAGAAAGAAAGAAAAAGAAGAAGGGGGAAAAAAAAAGACCAGGAUCAGGAAACUCCUCUUCCAGUUUGUGUAAGGUCUUGCAUUGUGGGACUAAAUUAUUUCCCUUUCCUCUGAAUUUCCAUAUCCUCUGGCUAUAGAUAAAUAAUCUGAUGUAGUUCUGUUUAUACAUGUGGAUUUAGUGGAUUUUUGUCAUAAAGUAAUCGUUACCACUGGUAACACACGACAAGCACACCACAACUCUCCCUAUCUUGUGGAGGUUUGUCCCCCCCCCCUUUUUUAUUUCUUCCUUUUUUUUUUCUUUCCAAAAUUAAUGGAAGCCGAGGAGGGCUGGGGCAAGCGGAAUAGACUAGAGAAGGGAGACAUUGUUUGGUUUCCUUUAUACUGUGAAGUUACAUGCAUAAAAGGGUCAAACCUGUAGGUGCAGAAAAAGAAAAAAAAACUAUAAAUGCAAAUCUGUAUAAAUGUCUAUUAUUAUGAAAAAUUGCCAAUCUUGUUUUAUGCAAAUGCAUUCUAUCGUUAUUAUAAAUGUUAGUUCUAGCUCUAUUUACUUCUAAUCUUAAAUCAGAAUAAAUUAAUAUUGUAAUGCUGCUGUGCGUGGAAAAAAAAGAUGAUGUUUAUGUUCUUAUAGAAGAAUAAAAGCUGUGGAAUGAAGCUUUUUAAUUUUACCUCUUUUUUUGACUUCUUAUCUUCACCUUCCACUUUAUCCCGUCCACCACUUUUACAACAGGAGGACUAGCCCGCGCCCCCUGCAAUUACUUUAGGCAUCUAUUUAAAUAUUACCUAGACAGUCGUAAUUUGUCUGGGCCCUAUAGCCCUGGUGCCGUAAGGUUUGUCGGCUUUUGUUCAGUUUUAUGACUUGCUAGUAUAUCUGGAUUGUGGCUGUCUUGGACCGGUGGUUUCAGUUGAGAGAGGAGCUUCAUAGACAGAGGAAGCCAAACAGGAUUUCUUUCGGGAGUCCCAGGGAGGCUCGCACAGGCUGGUUAUUUUGUGGGUCCCCUGGUCCUAGAUGACCCCCAGUCUAGGAAUCCCGGGAGCAGGCUGGGCCCACAGCGCCUCACUAGCGUCCGAG